CUCUGUAGUGUUCUUUCUGUGGUUACUUAUGACAUUUUAUUUAUUGAGUUUGUUUCAAACUGCAGUGAUUCUGGACUGAGGAAACCAGUUCUAUUGAGUGUGCAUUCACAGAAUUCUUAAACUAAAUAGAAAUUUCUCACCAAAAUGCCCAGAGAGACUGUAAAGCUGGUUACUGCUUUUCAAAGAGCCCAAGAAUCGAAUCUGUGACAACUGAGGCAGGAAACAGACUUCAGGGAAAAAGAAGAGAUGCAGAAUCUGUGUGCUACAAGCAGGAGAACAAAGCAAUGCUGUGCAGAGCACAGACGGAGGCUGGAGUUGUUUUGUCAGGAGGAUGAGACGUUUAUUUGUGUCCUGUGUGUUCCCAGACAUUCCACCCACAGUUUUAUGUUCCUGCAUGAGUCCGUCAGUGUAUAUGAGGAGAAACUUAAAACAGCCUUAUCGUCCCUGCAAUUAAAAGUCAAUGAUCUUAAAGAUUUGAAAAACAAGAAUGAGAAGGAAUUCCUGGACAUACAUGAACAUGCUUGUAGUUUGGAACAGUAUAUUAUAGUCCAGUUUUCAAAACUGCAUCAGUUUCUCCAUGACAAAGAACAACAACUCAUUCGUCAGCUUAAGAAUGAAGAGGCAAAAAUUCUGAAGGACAUGAAAGAAAAUCUUAAAUACAUUAAAAGUAAUGCUACAGAAACCCGUUUUGUAGUCUCUGAUACCAUCUUGCAGCUUAUGAAGGAAGAAGCAGAGACUCUAAAAGAGACAGAAGAAAAUUCUGAAGACAGUAACAGUUAUACUGUGGCAACUCGGGAACCAAUCUCUGAUGAUAAACUGAAGCUCAGAAAAGAGCGGGAAACCAAUGACUUUCUAACAGCACCAGAAACAUUUGAGGAUGUUGCUGUUACUUUCUCAGAAGAGGAAUGGAAGAUGUUAAGAAAAGAAGACAAGCAGCUUCACAGGGAAGUGAUGGUAGAAAACUAUGAAUCCUUAGUUUCAAUGGGCAUGGCUGAGCAGAAUAAGCCUGUCUUUAGGAAGUGUGCAGAGUGUGGCCACAAGUUGUCCCCAGCAGAUGGCCCCACACUGUGCAUGGUACGUUUAGGGGUCACACAUCUGUCAACUGAUUGUUCUAUUUGCACAGGUUUUAACCCACAGGCCUUGAAAGAUCGCAGGGUCAAGCUUGUGAGGAAGGGACUUUUGUCUGCUUUGGGGGUGGCUGUCCCUGCUACUACUGCCGUCACGGUGGUGACUGCUUCUGCUUCUUUCAUCUCUUCCUCCUCCCAGGCCAGGACUCAUCCUCCUGCUCUAAGGCCUGUUGAAGAGGAAAUACUGAGAAAAGAUAGGGACAAGGCUAGGAAGAGGUCCCUGGACCAGUCGGGUCCAUUGGGUCUUCCACAGAAACUUCAGGCUGUUUCCAGGCUUAGUACUCCUUGGCUCCGGUUGCCAAGUUUCUCGCCAGAGGAGACUAGACCUUCUUCCAGGGUGUCAGUACACCGACCUUCAAGGUCAGCAUCAGUGGCUUCUUUAUCAUGCUCCACCAGAAAUUUGAGUGAAGCGGAGAUGGACAAAAUGAUGAGAAGAUUUAUUCGCACCCAGAUCCAAAUGGGAGUCUUUCCAGCCUCCUUUCUCUCUGGAGUGGGGAGCUCGCUCCCUUUUUUCAUCCCAAUAACUCCUUCUCCGAUCCAACCCCCAGUAUCUGAGUUUUCGGAUCUGAGAAGUCUGAGUCAGGGGGCCGCCACCGAUGGUACCUUGUAA